UAUGUUCUUCGACUUCGUGUGCUUCGUCGAAUUGGUGGAGAUGGAUUCGUUAUUUCGGAUUGUUUUUGAGAAGCUGCUCGCGUAUUGGUAGAAGACUUUUCUGACGGUGUCUUCCCCAUGGUGUCUGUUUUCUCUUGAGUUUUUGGCUUUUCCUUUGUAGACGAAGUAUCAUGAUUUUUCAAGGGUGUUGUUGGUUUCGAGGUAGAGGAACGCAAUUGCUUGCUCGGCGGUUCUUCCAAGGUAGCCUCAUCUUUUUCAUCUUUUACAUUGGGUUCUUCUACUACAGGUUCCUGCUUACUCUCUUGUUUAUCAGGAGCCGUAGAAGCGGCCAUACUCGAUCGAGUCAACUUUUUCUCGCCUGUGUUAGCACCACUAGCCUUAGGAGUAGAUGUCGAAGAGGCAGGUGGGUUUUUUGUAGAAUUUAAUAUAAAUUUUGGAAUUUCAAAAUCAUUUUGAAAAUCUUCUUUUGCGUCGUCAAUUUUUGCAUCGCGUUUCCGCUUUUCACCGGCAGACGGUGAAGGAACGGCUUCCUAAUGAAAAAGGUUGGUUAAUCAUCGUUGAAAUAAUAUAAAUUUAGAUUCAAAAAAAUCGCAUGUUUCCUUACCAAUCGUUCAAAUUCCUGUAAAUUAUACAGCGUCCCUACUUUAUCCCAAACAUCUUGCACACGCUUAGUCGAGGUUUGACACCCUUCAUGAAUCAUUCGUAGCAUUCCAAUCAUAUGGAAAUGUUUUUCUGUUCCUAAAGAAUCGUGUUAGACAAGCGACCGUUCAAGGAAAAGAAUUCCUCUCGUUUUCUUGACUGGAUGAUUCCCAUGAACAUCUGCUAUUUCCUGGAUAUUUCUCUCAAAGAAAAAAUACAUAAACGGUAUCCAAAAAAACUCAACCAUCAAUAACUUUUUUACUUACCCACAGGUCUUAAUCCUUGGCAAAUGGCCUUUAAAAGCAACGUUUCUUCUAGAAUGGACCAUUCUUGCGAAGAAGGCGGCGAAGGAGUCUUUUUUUGAUCUUUUUGCUGUUGUUGAGGUGAAGGUAAAGGAGAAUCACCUGCCAUACUGUUCCUUUCUUACUGCUUGUUUCUCAAAAUCUACGAUUCUUUUUUCUCAACCCGACAACGUUCUAGUUGGAGAUAUCCCAAAAAAACAAAGGAAUUUUUAUUGUAAUUGGCAAUUCUUUGGAUCAACAAUGUUGUAUCCAAAAGAAACUUGAUAAAAACACAAAUCUUCUUUGAACUCCAGGAAGGACGUUUUGUAGUAUACCCAUUGACGACUAACUAGGCCAAGUUUUCUAUUUCAAUUUUGACCCUCUUCAUGAUGAUCAUUACUUUUUUUUUAUAAAUUUAUUUAUCGAAAAGACAUGAAAGGAAUUCACCUGGCAUAAACCAGAAAUAGGUUUUUACCCAUCGAUUUUGUCAAAUCUCAUCCAGAAAAGGAAAAAAACGAGUCUGAAACGCUGUAGAAAACAAGAUAUUUGCAUUAUUGGACCCAUUCUAUUCUUUGAAAGUAUCCUAUUCCAUUACGAUUUUUUAUUUAAUUUAAUUUUGUUUUGUUUGUUUUUCUAUGAUGAUCUUUUGCUUUUUUUUCCUUUGUUUAUUUACUCUAUAACGAAAAAUUUCGUGUGUUAAAAGAAUCGACUGCAGUUUGCAAUUCUGUUCAAGGAUAUCGUUACCAUUCGCAAUAUGGUUCCUCUAAGGAAAUGGAAUUUCCAUUACACCAGAAGGUAAGAUCAUUCGGUUUUCUCAUUUAUCCCAGUGGAAAUCUGCUAAAUGCCAGCCAAAUACUAGCGGCAUCAAGAUUUUUGGACAAAGAGCCUUCCUUUUUCAUACAGAGCUAUUUUUCUCUUCUCUGAAAAAAGCAACAAAACAUUGCGUAAUAGGUCGCACAAAGCUUGGAGGAAACGAACGAGAAAUUGAUUGUUUUGUGAAAUUCGCUCCAUUUUUGAUUUCUUUAGUAACGUAUUGAUUUGCCUAUAUAACCGCUGUCUUGUUAUUUGACUCUUCCUAGGAAUUUGUCAGUGUCUACUCUGUAAUUUAGCAUCACAUCUCAUCGUGAAGCAAAAUGUUCGAAUGGGUGGAUGUUCCUUUUGAGUGGUUGAGCUCCGUGUUAGGCGUCCCUGGAGACGUUAUCAAAAUCCCGUUCUGUUUAUUGUCUUCUUAUCCUUUUUCGGGCAUCCUCAAACGCUUACCUCAAUCUCCUUUCCUGCGUAAUGCGUUUUGUAUACUCAUUGGUCUUUUCUACUUGAUUCCUAUACAUCAUUUGACUACCGGUACGUAUGUCCUCUUAUUUGAUGCUUUGUUUACCUACUUGACUGCUGCAUUGGUUCGCACUUCGUAUAUGCCAUGGAUAGUGUUUGUGGUAAUCCUCGGUCAUACAUUCUACAAUCAUGUGAUUCGCUAUGUCUAUCCUUCAGAUCGUGGUGACAUUACCGCAUCCCAGAUGGUGCUUUGUAUGAAACUGACUGCCUUUGCAUGGUCCGUGUAUGAUGGCCGUCAAGCAGAGAAUACCUUAUCAGACUACCAAAAGCAACGCCGCUUGAAGAAACUACCUAACCUUUUUUUCUUUCUUGGCUAUGUAUUCUUUUUUCCUUCUGUCCUAGUUGGUCCUGCUUUCGAUUAUGUUGAUUACGAGCAUUUUAUUACUUUGAGCAUGUUUGAUACUCCGAGGGACCCCAUGGAGACCCAAAUUACACCCCAUAGUCUAAAGCCAGCUUUGGGUCGCUGUUGGCGUGGAGUUGUUUGGCUGCUUGGCUUUCUAUUCGGUUCUUCCCUAUUUCCCCUUAGCUUCCUUUUGAGCAGCGAUUUUGCUUCCUUUUCCUUGUUGAGAAAGUAUGCUCACGUCGUACUAACAGUUUUUAUUGCGCGCAUGAAAUUUUAUGGCGCUUGGGAACUUUCUGAUGGUGCAUGCAUCCUUUCUGGUAUUGGUUAUAAUGGCGUAGAUGAAUUAAAGCGUCCCCGUUGGGAUCGCGUUAAAAACAUUGACCCCUUUGGUUUUGAAUUUGCCUAUAACAUUAAGGGCGCCUUGGAAGCUUGGAAUAUGAAUACCAACAAGUGGCUUCGAAAUUAUGUCUACCUUCGAGUUGCCAAGAAAGGAAAACGUCCUGGUUUCAAGAGUACAUUGAGCACCUUUACAGUCAGCGCUCUAUGGCAUGGUGUCUCUCCUGGUUAUUACAUGACAUUUGUUUCAGCUGCAUUCAUUCAAACAAUUGCCAAGUAUCACCGGAGAUUUAUCCGACCCUUUUUCCUUCAACCAGAUAUGAAAACUCCUGGUCCAUUCAAAAGUAUUUACGAUAUUGUUGGUAUAGUUGCAACGAACCUCUCUGUCUCAUAUCUGAUCGUUUCAUUUCUUUUGCUGACAUUGAAAGAAUCCUUUUAUGUCUGGAGCAAAUUACGCUUUCUAAUUCACAUUUAUACUCUUUUGUCUAUUGUUAUCUUCAAUAGCCCAAUCAAAGAGAACCUGAAUAAAGUACUAAAGAAGCGUACAGAAGAAGCAGAAUUUGAAACUUACAAAACCCAAACGAAAUUUUCUGACAAUGAUAUUGUUAAUAUGUCGAUUCCCGACACAGAAGAAUUUUCUCGUGCUUCGUCUAUUUCGCGAUAGAGCUUCCUGCGUCGUUGUUCCAUUAAUUCACAUGUACGAAGUAUAAUAUGGUUUCAUACAUCGAGCACUCUCUCCUUUGUGAAACGUUUCAGCUCUUUUUUGAAGCUUUUUUAAAAAUUUUAAAUAAUGUAUUCAUGAUAAAAUUAUAAUUAUAUGACUUCUAUUUACGUACAGA